AUGGCUAAAUCACGAUACGAGUACGUCAAGAAUUUCGAAAGAGAAUCCAUACUCCUCCCCGAAACCUACAUAGUGAUCCGUGUAGAUGGAAGAGGGUUUCACAAAUUUUCAUCCAAAUAUGAUUUCGAGAAACCAAACGAUCUAUGCGCUCUUGAGGUAAUGAAUUCAGCAGCACUAAAACUGAUGGAAACCAUCCCUAAUAUUAUUAUGGCCUACGGGGACUCCGACGAGUACUCCUUUCUGUUACAAAGACGAUGCGACUUGUUUGAGCGAAGAGAAUUCAAACUCAUCUCGACGUUUGCAUCUACGAUUACUGCAUAUUACCAAUACUACUGGAGUCAGUCAUUUCCUGAGAAACCACUUCAGCCUGACCGGCUUCCGACUUUUGACGCACGAACAGUUUGUUACCCAACUAAAGAGUUGGUGAAAGAUUACUUCAGAUGGAGACAAGUUGACUGUCACAUUAAUAAUCUGUACAAUACUACAUUCUGGUCUCUCGUAAAAAGUGGUCUAACGACUCAAGAAGCGGAGAAUAGGCUUAUUGGAACAUUAAGUUCAGACAAGCAUGAGAUCUUGUUCAAGGAAUUUGGCAUUAAUUACAACAAUGAGCCAGAAAUUUACAAAAAAGGCACCAUCUUUGUAAGGGAGCUGGACUUUGAAAGCGAUGUAAACAUAGACCUGUCCAAAAGACAAGCACAAAGAUUACAAAAGAAACUCAAAAAAUCAGAAAUCAAGAAACUUCAUUGCGACAUAAUCAAAGAUGAAUUCUGGGAUUGCAGGCCUUGGCUUUUCAGUUAA